AUGCCAUACUCUCUUAAAGGACGUAAUGUCUUGGUAACCGGAGGAUCUAGGCAAGUCAUCAGCCUCGGGGCGCUGAUCUGCGAGAAGUUCGCAGCAGAAGGAGCCAACAUUGUCGUGAACUAUGUCAGCAGCAAAGACAGAGCCGAUCAGGUCGCCGAGAAGUGUAAAGGGUUUGGAGUCAAGGCUGUUUUAAUCCAGGCUGAAAUUGGGAAUGUCAGCGACACUGUUCGACUGGUCAAAGAGAGUGCUGAGCAACUGGGAGGACUCGACAUCAUCAUCAACAACGCCGGCUGGACCCGUUUCACCAAUUUCGGAGAUAUCAACGACAUGAGCCAUGAUGAAUGGAACAAGUGUUGGGCCACCAACGUCAUGUCCCAUCUGGUGUUGUUGCAGGAAGCUGCCCCGAUCUUCAACAAAAACCCGGAUGGCGGCGCCUUCAUCAUCUCUUCAUCUGUCGCGGGUAUAAGCUGUUCCGGAAGCUCCAUGGGGUAUUCUGUUACGAAAGCAGCAGGACUACAUUUGAUGAAAUGCCUUGCCACCACACAAGGCCCAAAGAUCCGCAUCAACGCCGUCCUUCCAGGUCUUCUUCUAACGGAAUGGGGCCUGAGGUACAGUGAAGAGCGCAUCAAGGCUGUUAAGAACGCUGCCGCUCUUAAGCAAGAGACUCUGCUCGACGAUUGCGCAGACGCCUAUAUCUCACUUGCGAAGAAUACUUCUAUUACCGGUCAGGAGAUCGUCGUUGACUCUGGUCUUGUUAUUCGAUAG